AUGGAGGCCGCACCUGCGCUCGAUGGACACCCGUCCGCACCUGCCACGGCGGCGCGAAUCGCGGUGGUAGGCGCGGGAAUCUCGGGGCUUGUCGCCGCGUCGAUACUCGCGGAGCGCGGGGCACACGUGGCGGUGUUUGAUUUGGGGAGGGGUCCAGGGGGCCGCAUGUCGCAGCGGAGGGAAAGCAUCGCCGUUCCGCCACGUGUCAGUUCUGCCGAGUCAGCCGUCGACCUGCCGAACCUAGAGGCCAGGUUCGACCACGGCGCGCAGUACUUCACCAUCAGCGAUCCGAACGUGCUGACGUUCCUGGAGCAGCGGUUCGGGGGAGCGGGAACGGGGGCGCUGGCGGAGUGGAAGGGACGGUUUGGAGCGUGGGACGCGGAGAACGGAAAAUUUAUCCCGGAGGGGGGAGAGGACGCGGGAAAAGUGCAAGAAGAGGGUAACUUCGGGAUUAAGAAGCGGUUUGUGGGCGUACCUGGAAUGAACGCCCUCUGUCAGACGCUGCUCCUCCCCUCACCCAUGGCUUCUGCGGUAAACAUCAAUGCUAGAUUCGGCGUCCAGGUGGCACGAGCAGAUUGGCUAGAGCACAAAAACUCUGCGGGAGUGUCUGAGGUAGACGAGGGUACCCCUCUCCCUCCGUCUUGGGAGCUUUUCUCGUCUUCCGGAGAUUCCCUAGGUUGUUUCCACGGCCUGGUUAUUGCUGCGGCAUACCGAACCAUGCCUGUGGUCCUCCCUGACCUGCCGAGCCUAGCUCAGGUUCGGCAGGGCCUGGCGGAGGUCCGGGCGUCGCCCAGGUUCGCGAUGAUGCUGGCGUUCGCCGAGCCUCUCAGCCACGUGGCGUUUGAUGGCGUGGAUGUGGUGGGGAGUGACGUGGUGGGGUGGAUUGGGCGGGACAGCAGCAAGCCAGGCAGAGCGAGGAGGGGCGCAGGGCAAGACAGAGCAAACCAGAGCAAAGCAGAAGAAGGGUACCAAGAGGAGCAGUAUGCAGAGUGUUGGGUGGUUCACUCCACUGCUCAUUACGCCUCCUCCCUCCUCGCGUCUGCUCCCCCCGGCCGCCCCUCUCCGGACCUCCUUGCACGCGUGGCAGACGACAUGUGGCGCGCUGUGAAGCCUAUCCUGGGCGGUGGCAGUAGGAGAGGAGGUGGUGAGAGUGUGGGAGGAGUGGAGGGGGAAGAAGGGUUGGAGCCGGUUUUGAGGAAGGUGCACCGGUGGGGAGGGGCGUUUCCUGUAGCUGGGGUGGCUGCAGCAGGGGAAAAGUGCCUGUGGAGCGAGGAGGGCAGGGUUGCGGCGUGUGGGGAUUUCUGUGUGGGAGGGCCUGUGAGAGGGUUGGUGGAAGGCGCUGUGGCUAGCGGCAUGGCGGCGGGGCGGAAGCUGGGGGGAGGGCUGGUGGAAGGCGCUGUGGCUGGUGGCAUGGAGGCGGGGUGGAAACUGGGUGAUGCUCUCCGGCUGGAAAGAAGUGCAUUGUGA